AUGAACGACUAAACUUUUCUCGGAUAGGUCAAGAACCUACUACAGAUAGGGGAUGUUGAUUUUCUAUAAAAGCUUUUGACCACUUAAAAGAUUACUAAUGCAUCCUAGUACUCUCAGUUAUUUGCCAAACUUAAAUAAACUUUCUAUUACGAUGUGUAGCAUUAGGUUUGCAAGAAUGGUUCAAUUGAAGUGCUUUAAUUUCUCAGAUCAAAGAGUAGUUCAAAGGAUUUUAACAUUGACUUUGCUGAUUAAAAUAAUUAGAACUGCCUACAUUAUGCCGUGCAAAGAAAUAAUCUAGGCUUCGUAAAGUAUAUAUUACUUGAGGACUAAGAUAAACAGACCAAUCAAAUGCUAAAUAAGAUUGAUAUCAACAUGCGAUCUUAGGAUAAAGGGGAGAGUCCAUUAUUCUUUGCUUUGUCUAAAUUGAAAAGUGACACUGAUAAAAUAAAGAUGGUGAAUCUACUACUGCAGAGAUAAGAUAUCGAUGUCGGAGUUAUUAAUAAUGAUAAGAAAUUAGCUUUCGAAGCAUAUAAUAAUCAGUUCAGUUCUGAUCCUGCGGCUAAUUUAAUAGAGAAAGCUUAUAUACUUAAAAAUGACAUUAAUAAACAAAAGAAUCUAAGUGGAUAUGAAGGAUCUAUGUUUCUUUUAAAGAACAUUUCAACUUCUGACUAGAAUUAAUUGCUUAACAAACAGACACCGUUAGAAAAAAAAGAAGAAUUGAUUGAGAGUCAUAUUUUUGACUAGGCUCUUGAUCUCAACUAUAAGUAAGAACUAUAGCAGCAGCUAUUGAACAGUAAAGCCCUUCAGGAUAGAUUUAAGCAUCUUUAACACUAAUCCACAGUUGAUUCUUUUAAAUAUAUAGAUAAAGAUGAGCUUAAAAAAGCUUUGGAUAAGAGACUAAUGGAGUUCACAGGUAUGACAUUGAUUAGAAAUAUCAAGGAUGCUUUUGCUUGA